AUGAAGUAUACGGUCGGCGUUUUGGACCAAAUAUAUGUCGACAUUGUUUACCAAUACGCAGCGCGUAUGGCAUCCGUCCAUUUGGGUCAAUCAUAUCUACCGGCCCUCAUCACCGCCCUAUGUUAUGGACCACACACUCAACGGUUAUUUGAGGCAUCGCUGUUGACAUAUUGGAUGAAAGCGGGCAAACAUAUGUCCGACUUGUACCUGGACACGAGCACACCGGUCCAGUGCCUAACCCUUAUUGAAAUGCAAUCGCUUUUCGUUUCGCACCGUAUUUCAUAA